ACCUUCCUAUAUUCUUUCAAAAAAACAAAACAAUUCCUACUACAAAUAUCACCACAUCCCAAAAUUAUAUUAAACAAUUAUAUAUAUAAGCUCAAAGAAAAUGGUGAAAGAAAGAAGCAAAUGUAUGGUCAUGCUAAAGCAUAUAAUGGGAAAGCUCAAGAAUCUUCUUCAAUUAAUUCUCAAAUUUGAUGUUGUGGAAUUUGUUGAAACCCCAAGAGCAAAUGAUAAAGAAGUGGUACCCAAUGAUGUAAAAGAAGGAUAUUUUGCUGUAUUAUCAGUGAACGCAGAGGAAGAGCCAAAGAGGUUUGUUGUGGAACUGCAUUGGCUCACAAAUCCUUCAUUCUUGAAAUUACUCAAACAGGCAGAAGAUGAAUAUGGAUUUGAACAAAAAGGUGUUCUUGAAGUUCCUUGUCGUGCCGAGGAAUUACAAAAGAUUUUGGAAUUCAAGAUUGGAGUUGCAGUUUAAUUGUCUAGUUUUUACUUUGUUAUAAUGUUGUCUAAGCGAUUAUGUUAAAGUAAAGAAUUUGUUCGCUACUAUAUAAAGUAUUUGACCUACGUACAAUAACAGGUAAUUUUUCAUAUCAGACUUAAUAUAAUAACCUGAAAAUAUUAUUAAUA